AUGUUCGGCUGCUGGUUCCGGGACCCGUCCCUGGUCUUUGCUGUCACUGUUAUUGGGAUCACUGUGCUCCUGCUUGCCCUGAAGAGCAAGAACGUGGUGAAGAGUCGUCACAUCACCUUACAGAACUCUGAUACCAAGUACCCGCUGCCUUUGAUUGAGAAAGAGCAAAUCAGCCACAACACUCGGAGGUUUCGCUUUGGACUGCCCUCCCUGGACCAUGCCUUAGGGCUUCCUGUAGGUAACUAUGUUCAUCUCUUGGCCAAAAUUGACGGUGUUGUGGUGGUCAGGGCUUACACGCCUGUGUCCAGUGAUGAUGACCUAGGCUUUGUGGACUUAAUCAUCAAGAUCUACUUCAAAAAUGUACAUCCUAAUCACCCAGAAGGGGGGAAGAUGACUCAGUACUUGGAGAAUAUGAAAAUUGGGGACACCAUCCUUUUUCAAGGGCCAUCUGGGUGCCUGUUCUAUCAUGGGUCAGGGAAGUUUGUAUUCAAACCAUACAAAACGAGUGAGCCUGAAACUAAACUGGUGCAUCACCUGGGAAUGAUUGCUGGGGGCACAGGGAUCACGCCCAUGCUGCAGCUCAUCCGCUGCAUCACCAGGAAGCCCAGUGACAAGACCGUGAUGUCCCUCAUCUUCGCCAACCAGACAGAGGAGGAUAUCUUGAUGAGAAGGGAGCUUGAAGAAGUUGCUAGAACUCAUCCAACGCAGUUCGGCCUGUGGUACACACUGGACAGGCCUCCUGCUGACUGGAAGUACAGCUCCGGCUUCAUUACCGAGGACAUGAUCAAGGAGCACCUCCCUCCCCCUGGGAAGUCCACGCUCAUCCUGGUGUGUGGCCCACCACCCCUGAUCCAGACAGCCGCGCACCCUAACCUGAAGAAACUGGGUUAUGCCAAGGACAUGAUUUUCACCUACUAA